GUAGCGUUAGUACUCAGCCUCCAAGGCUCAGCCUCUAUCGUGACAGGAUCAUGAUAUGACUGGGUGUAUGAGGAACUUGCGUACGGAAGCUUUGAAUUUUAUUCUUCUUUCAGAGGGAAUAGAGGCCUUCUACCGCAAGACAAGUAAGUACUAUGCUUGUAAGCUUCCUCUUGGUUAAUAUAGCGUUGGCAAACGUGUUUUGGUUUCUGUUUCUGGGGUGCUGAAUGGUAGCUCGUCAUAAAUAUCGUCGACAACGUGGCGGCGAAAUGAGCAUUAUAAUGUCGUUGUCUUAGUUCGAGAACUGUUAGCAGCCUUAACAAGGACUUGAACAGGUUAAUGUUUUAUAUAUUGGUGCAUACAUAAUUUAAUGAAGUUACUCCAGCUGUUUUUUUUAAAUUAUUUCCUUGUUUGUGUGUCAAUAAGCACGUCUAUCCCAUGGCCCUUGUGUAAGCGUUUUGUCCUGCAGAAUUCAGGAAUGUUAGUGAUGCAAUCAAAUUCGCUGUAUCGGGCGUUGUAUUAGUGUUUCGAUUUACUUCGGGAGUUGAUAAAUUUUUUUUUAUCAAUUACUAGCGUGGAUGAAUUAAUUGCCAAUGAUUACUCAUUGCGAAGGCACUUUCCAUUUUGACCGAAGGAAUUAACCGUGAUCGAUCGAGUUGUGCAGUGUACCGUUUACGAUUGCAAUAUAACAGUAGGAUAUGUUACAUUUCACCGCUACCUUUCGUUCAGAGCUCUUUUUUGUUACGCAGUAUUGAAGUGCCCUCGUAUAAUGUUGAUUGUAGCCUUUUUAUUGCAAUAAUUUUUAUUGUUUUGGACUUUGAUAACCUCAAGUGUUACAACUUUUAGCGUGGGACAAUGUUGUCGUUGAAGGCAAACUUGAGCUUAUUAGCUUACUAUAUUUGGUCACAGGUCAUGGCGAAUGAACUCAAUUUAUUGUAAAGGUCGCUGCAUGUCAAAUCAAUAACUUUCUUCAAAAGCUCUGAUAAACAAAACUACUGUGUGAGCGCAGUUUCUAUUAUAAGCUGUGUAGUUAUUAAUUGACACAGAAAGAUAUCACUGUCUUUUAAAUUUUUAUUACCAACUCGGAGCAAAUUUGCAUGCAUAGAACAGUAAGUUAUUAAAGAAAAAUCUGUAAUAUUUCCGUGCAUGCAGCAAUUUCACGCUAUUUCACACAAACAGUUAACAUGAACAGACCCGAAUCAUGCUUGUAUAAUAGAUGUGUGGGGCUGUACGGAAAUCUUGAUACUGUUCCACACAUCCUUCCAUAUAAGAUAAGUUAUUCAUACAUGGAGGCUUUUAAUUUCUUGACUGGUAAGUGAAAAAAUUAUAGUAAUAUUUUUAUGCAGAAACAAAAUAAUGCAAACUUCAGUUGAUGUUUCAACAACUUGAAAAAGACAGAACAGAGUUGUCAAAAGAUUGACUUCCAUUUAUUUUUGGUUCUGUGUUAAAAAUUAUAUAUUUAUCUUUUUCACUUAUGAAUCUAGAAACUACAUGUGUAAAAGCUUGAAUUUUAAAAGGAUAAUUUGUGUAUCAUAUCUGUAAUAUUGUACUGUGGUGGUUGCAAACAAACCACAACUCUUCAUAAAGUCAGUACCAUAAUAUUUUGAAUGAAUAAUGACUAAGGCAUAUGUAUGUUUAUAUGAUGUGAGCAAGCCCAGUCACUUUACAGGGAUGGCUUGGCUCAUGCCUUAUGUCCUUAUAAAAAUGUUUGUUGUGUUUAUAUGAGAAGGUGGGCUGGCCUUUAGUGCUUGCUAAUGUCUUGAUUCAGCAUGGUAAAGGAACUGGCCUGUGAAAAUCCAGGCUGUUGACUAAAACUGGAUUCGUUGAUAGCGACAUUGACAGUGGCACAAAGCAUCAAGUUCUCUGGUUACUGAAACAUAUACUGUUUCAUUUUACCAGGGUUCUGAAUAAGAGCCUGUGGCAGGCAAAAUUUGCUGGCUAUUUCACGUGAACUCGCUGCCAACUUUUCUUUGGAAAUUACCCCCAAAAUAGCCAAAAUUUAACAAUGUCAUCGUUAUGUUCAAAUACUCAAAUUUUUGCCCCAGAAUGGUUGAAAUGCACUCUAAGAGGCCCUUAUUUCAAAGUUUUCCAGAGGGAUGCUCCUGGACCCCCCUAGUAACUUGCACUUGUGGCGCGAGUUGUUUCCUUCUCUACCUACCCCAUAGCUUUUGCCACCUACUUAAAAUCUUACUGAAAACCCUGUCUUGCUCUCAUUCUGUGCUUCCAGAAAAUAUCCAUAUGCCCAUCAUGGAAGGUUUAUCGAUUUGAAGCUCCCUACCACCUGGACAUUUCAGUUUUGCUUCCUACUUUCCUUUCACCCUCCCUGUUGGAAUUUCCAAUGACCCUUCAUUGGCAUGGCAUGGAUUUUUGUGGAACCACAGUUUUUAGUGCUGCAAAGGAUAGUGGGACUGUAGUGGGUCAGUGGGUCUGGUGUUAUGUAAUUUUCAAAAUUUUGCCAUUAGCAAGGGCCAAAUUUUCAGAAUGUUCAGUGCUGGACAAUGGUAAGAUUUUGCUUUGAAUUGAAGUGGUGAGGCCUUUCUAAUUUAACCAGUAAAAUGUUCUACACAGAAAUUACUGUGAGAAAUAGAAGUAAAGAAAAAAUUGAGACUUGUAGUGACAGGGUAAGAGAGGGAUUUUAUAUUGGUAUGAAAAUUGCAAAAGUGUGACUGACUGCAAGUCAGAUCCAAAUCCAUCUGAAUUUCUGUUGGCCUUAGUAGUUGUUACCUUUGAUAGGUGAGCCUGAAAAUUUCCACCUUAGCUAUUUUUUAUAUGCUCUUUUUCUUCCAACAAAAAUUGUUUUUCAAAACAAAUUGCUUGCACAGAGCUUAAGGCUAUGACCAUUAUUUUCGGUAUAAGUCUCUUGAAGCAUUUUUUUAAAAUUAGGCCCUACAUGUUUAAUUGCUAGUUGUUUUAUUACCAGUAAAUAUAAUUAACUAUGCACAUUUUUUUCCUUACAUGCAGGAUGAUUUGGUAAAUACAAAAUACAAAACAUAUACAGUUUUAUACAUAAGGAUAAGAUGUCUGGUGUAGACUCUGAACAAGACAAACAGCCUAUCAGCUCUGUUAGUGAUGGCAGUGACUUACAUUCCCCUGGAAAAGACGUCUUAGAGAAUCAUAGCCCACCUGUAGAGGAAAUAAGGGGCAUCUCAGAAAAAGAAACUGUAUCUGUUCAGGGUGAGACAAGAGAGGAAGUAAAAGAUGACAACAGUGAAAAUAAAGAAGAACAAUCUCCAGUUGCAGAAGUGACUGUGAAUGGUAUUGAUUUGCCUGUUGACGACCAGAAAGAGAGUGAAGUGCCAGACAAUUUAGGAGAUACUUCCACAGAAAAAAAACCCAGUGAAACUCAACAAGAGACAUCAGAUGACAAACAUGUUAAAAGCGAAAGUGUUGAGGAGGAUGCUGUGAAGGAAAAUGAUGAGCAUAAAGAGUCUGAAGUGAGUGUUGAAACUGUUGCCAUGGAGACAAAAGAAGGUCAAGAUGAAACGUCUGGUGACGUUAAGGAACCUGAAGGGAGUCCUACUACCAGGGUAGCAGAGGGAAGUGGAGAACAAGCUGAAACCACCACUGAAAUUAAGGACGAUCAACAAGAACAUGUAGCUGUUGCUAUGGAGACAAGCAUUGAACGGGGUGAAACUUCAGCUGAAAUAGAAGAGGCUAAAGAGGAUCAAGAAGCUGUCACCAUGGAGGAAAAUGGUAAACAAGAUGAAGUUUUAGAUGGAAGCAAGGAUUUAGAACAGAGUCCUGUUGCUAUGGAAGUGAAUGGAGAGGAAGUCAAAGAAGUCAAAGUAGAGGUAACAGUGCCCAGUGAAGUGGAGAGUACUCAACCUGAAGCUAAAGGAGAAGCAGUUGAGGUUCCAGUUGUAACUACAGCUGGAAAACAACAGAAUGGAGAUCAACAUCAAAACGGGCCCAGUGAAGAGAGUGGUCAGGCAGCAAAAAUAGGUAAUAAAAGAAAUAUACCAAGUUACCCAUAGAUUUGUGUAUUUAGCCUUUUGAUAAUGCAGCCAAACCCAGUGUGCAAAGGAAGGCGUGUCCGAAAGCCCAGGGCUAGUGGAUUUUGCAGUCGGGGUUGUGAAUUCUGUUCUUAACUUGCCUGAAGGGCAAGUGAAGGUUUUUGGGAAAUUCAGAUUACAGAAAAAAAGUAAUCAAUGCUGCUUAAUCAACGUCUCACUUGCACAAUGUAACUUUUGUAACAGGUUGAGGUAAUUAACAAUUAUUCCUCGAGCCCGAAUGGGCUCUGAGUCAAUAGCCUUAGUAAAAUAGUAAAAGUUAGUUCUAGUAAAAUAGUAAAAAUUAGUUUUUGUAAAAUCCAACUAGUUGGUCAAAAAUAUCGAGACAAAACAACUUUAGCUAGCAAAACGCAAUUCAGCUGCCAUCGUUUUGGUUUUCAAAGCUGGUGCUUUUCUCUACUAGUGGGCUAUAACAUAUAGCCUAACUAGUAGCUCAACCAAUCAGAAUGCAGCAUUGAUAAGAGACCACUAGCUGGAUUUUACUAAUUAACAAUUUAUUAUUCCUCGAACAUGAAUAGGCUAUAAUUAUUGACUCAGAGGCCAUGAGGGCGAAAGGAAUAAUUGUUUUAGUAAAAUCCAACUAGUAGGUCAAAAUAUCAAGACAAAACAACUUUAGCUAGAUAAAGCUAGACUUUAAUCCUUUUUUGCCGCCAAAAUCCGGCGCUUUUCACUACUAUUGGGCUAUAACAUAUAGCCUAGUAGUAGUUCAACCAAUCAGAACUAAGCAUUGAUAAUAGACCACUAGUUGGAUUUUACUAAUACGCUUUAGCUGUUGACCUAAUAGACCCUUCCAUGCUAUUGACACGGACUAGUCAGGAAAAUCUUUCGGCACCACUGGACAUAGUACCUUAAAACUAGUAAAAUCUCCAAGUUUGAAAGUGAUACAUCAUAAGCAAGGGAAGAUAUACCUCUGAAAAGGUGCUAAAAUUUACAGAUGUUUAGUACUAUUUAUUGUCUGUAAAAUUUUGUGACUUAAAGGCACUAUAUCCUCGUUAGUUUUUUAACAAAUCACUUUUAAACUUGGCAGUGUUAUUAAUUUAAAGGUGCUCUUUCCAGUGGAGUUGACAAAUUUGCCCUAACUGGUCCAUAUCAAUAGCUGAAAAGGUCUGUUCACGGUAUCUGCUAUCAUUUCACCAACACAUUUAUAUGGAUGAGAUGAAAACAUUUUCUUGGGUGCAAAUAGAUUUUUAUUGUGUCUGUGUUUGUUAAAUGUACCAGUAAUUAUUCCUUUGAAAAGAGAAGAAAACUUUUAUUCCAUCCACUUGCCUGUUUAUAAAGCUCUGGACAUGCCUUUUUAUUGUAGGGAUAUCUUAUUGUUUUUGCACACACAAAUGACGCUUUGAUCACUCUUACCCUAAUUUAAUCAAAUUUUCUUCAUUACACACCUGUAUUUGUAGUGUAGAGAAAUCAAAAUUGAGUGCAUUUUUUUUAUAAUGGUUACCUCUUUCAGACACUCUGACCCAAGUAGUAAUGGACAGAACAUGCAUCUCCCAGUUAGAUAUCCAGUACAUACAAUAUCUAGAUUUGCAAACUUCUGGCUGGCUAGCUGAUUCUUGUAUUGUCUUGAGUGAUUUGUGUGUAGCUAUUUGCUGGUACAGUCAACUCUCUCUGAGACGGACACCUUUGGGACUGGCACUAGUGUCCGGCACUAGUGUCUGUCUCAAAGAGAUGCCCGUCUUAUAGAGAGUCAAAUAAAGGGAGUUAAGAAAGGCAGGGACCAACUCUAAGUGUAAGUUUUACAGAGGUGUCAGUCCUGUAGAGGUGUCCGUUAAAAGAGAGUCGACUGUAUAUAUAUACCUCUGAUAUUCACCAAUGAGUUAUAUUAUAAAUAACAAUUAUUGGAUGAGGCUGAGUAUCAUCUGAAGAAUUAUGGAGAUCGAGGAGGGUGUUGCGGAUAACACUCUCCGAGAUCUCCAGAAUUCUUCAGAUGAUACAUAAGCCUAAUUGUUUCAUUAUUCAUUCAAAAUAAUUCCCAGUUUAGAAACAAGCUAAAACAUGCUUUAAUACCUCCAUUGAUGUAAAGAUCAUCUUCAGUUGCCUGUUUAUCGGCAAGUUUAAGAGAUAAAGGGUUGUUCAGUUCUGCAAAUAUUCUCCAAAUAGCAAGUGUCAACCGCCUUACUUUGUUUUUAGCCAAUAGUUCUUCCUCGUGAAGCGACCAAACCAACUCAACCUUGUCCCCCAGCUCUUCUCAGUUAACUGUCCAGUUUUCUGGGAAUUAUGCUGUAGAAUUGACGUCAUUCUUCACAUAUCCCAAAAUUCUUCCAAAUUUGGUCGACAGUAGCUGGUUAUGAUGAAUUAUCCAUGGGAUUUGAGCUAAUCAGAGAUGGAGAAAUAUUUUGAAUACAUAAUAUUUAUUAUUAUCAUUAUUAAUUUCAUUGUCAUUAUUACUUUAAUUAUUUUUAGCUGAAGACCAUAAUGCUGUGGAGAAGAGAAGAUCGGUAACCAUGGACAGUCCAGAGAUUGCAAAAGACUCAGACAAAAGUGAAGAUGACAAGACCAAAAAGGGGCGAUCAAAGACAGUUGGGGAUAUUGAAGGCAGUGCAACAUCACCUGUUAAGGUACAUGUACCAACGGAUCGAUACAUGUAUGAUGCCCUACUUAUAUACGUACAUAGUCACAUACAAUAAAUAUACUGUUUACAGGUAGCCAUUACAACACCUGAAGGAGAAUCAUGAGGUUAAUCCCUAUAUUAAAAUUAUAAGAUCUCUCCUAACAGAUAACCCUCCCAGCCCAGGAAAGGUUGGCCUCACCAUCGGGGUCUACAUCCCUAGCUAAUCUUUUUGAACAGUGGUGUGGGUUCUUUUACGUCCCACAAGAACCAGAUAGGUUAAAGUGCUGUGAAACAUGACCUACGGUUUUUCGUCCUUAUCCGAGAAGACUAGAAAAUUUAAUCAGUAACUAAUUAAGUUAGAUGUGGAUUGUACAGGGUUCUCCAGAAAAUCUGAAGUAAAAAGGAAAAACCUUAAGUAGGCGGCAACUGAUCAGAUUGAAAAGCAUGUCUUUCAUGUGGCACAACUGGUGUAGGGGUAGGUAUGGGAGAGGGGGUGGGGGGAGGCUGCUCCAUUUCAUUGUGAAAAUUAAUUUGGGGGUUACUGACAAGUGCAUUUCAGUGUAUUUUGGGCGACCAACUAAAGAAAUUUUAGCCAUGAGGAGGCCACCAUUAUUAAACAAACAAAAGUGUUAGGAAAAAAUUGAGUGAAAUAUGAUGGAUUUAUUAUUUUCUGUGAGUAGCGGGCAGCUCUGUGUCAGCUAGAAAGUGAUUUUCGCCAGUUGCAAGAGCUCUGCAGAGAACCCUGGCUUUUAGCUUCGGUCUGUUUAUGCUUUUGGCCAGCAGACCCUUUUGCUUGAUUAGAAUGUUAUGUUUAAGAAGGAGAAACAAGAUUCUAGUUGCUGGUAGGGGUCUAAGUGUCGAAAGGUGCUCAAUAUCACUCUUUUGCUUUGUUUUCUCUUUAAGGAAAUUCAAAGAUAGAGAGCAGUAUGGCUAGGGUUCAGUAUACCAAGCUUCUGAGGGGUCAGAGGUUCUCAGGGUCUUAAUCCAGUCCUGGGGCCUGUUUCUCGAACAUCCCAGUACCUUUUCGGGCCCAAAAUCAAAUAUUCAAAUCGAAAUAUAAAGAAUAAGAGCGCGGGUCCUGGCUAGCAAAAUGCUCCAUUUUGUUUCAUUAAUUUAUCAUUUUAGAUACAAAACUAUUGAAACCUUGAUCUUGAAUGUAAACAACAACAGCUUACCGGGCCCAUUAAUUAUCGGUACUUUCGAGAAACGUCUCAAUGUCUCAACUUUUUGCCCUGAUCCUACACUAUUUCAGAUUUUACACUUAUUUAUUUGUAUUUUGAAGUAGAUUCAAACCUCUACUUAUGGGCACCUCUCAACAAAGGCCUUUGUUGUUUCAGUGGAUACAAUAGCACAAUGGCAACCUCCUCUUUUCCCAAGGUGUCUGUUGUGGAGAGCUUUAACUCUUUUUAUUUCCAGUGUUGUUUAUCUGCAUCAUCCUGAAAUACACCCAUAAUUUAUGCAGAAGACAAAUUCCAUUGACAAUAGAUGUCUGUUUAUUUAUGAGUAGGAAGAUGUUGCUGCAAGGUCAAUGACAAUCUGGUACACAGAUGUCACGGAUGAUACCCCAACAAAGGAAAAACCUGAGGAGGUAGUCAGUUACUCCACAAGUAUUGUGGGUGGGGUUGUGCACCGAGUACCAAUUACAUCAAAGUAGGUAUAAGAGUGAAAAGGCAAGGUCUUAAUAUUACAUGUAUCAGUGUGUAACCACUUAAUAUUUGUAGACCAUGGGAACCAUGAGCUGCAGGCCAGUGGUUUUCAUGUCUAUGGUCAAUAUAAAGAGUAUAGGCCAUGGAAAAUUGUUGUCGGUUUGUUUUCAGCAAUUAAAUAUUAUUUGACAAUUUUUAAUGUCCGUUCCUGUUGAAUUUGUUAGGAAAAACAUGCACCUGAGAAAGAGAAAAACAAAUUGUGCCACCAUCAUGCCAUUCCCAUGGUCUACUCUUACAUUGACCAUUACAACUCCCCACCAAUCAGUGUGUGAGAAAUCACUCGGUUAUUGUUAAAACAGUUGUGGACAUAACAUCAUGGAUUCACUCUCCUUCAGUGCAAAAACAGUAUGGUGACAAAUAGAGAAUUAAUUUUUAUCUCAGCCAUGCGACAAUGAACAUUGCAUCAUGUUAUCAUGGUAUUAAAUUUGUCACCAUAAAAGAUGCUGGCAACAAUACUAAUGCUAGCAGUAUGCUUGGCACUUAUUGCGUUAAGUAAUUAAUUUUGUGUGCUGCCAUGUGUGCAAUAAGCUAUGGAACUUCGUUUCAAAGAGCUGUGUUUUUAAGCAUAAAAAUUGUGAUGUAAAGCUGUGGCUACACAAGCUUUCAUCAGUGAGCUCCCUUGAAGAAAACUCUUGAUAAAGAGUGAAACUGUCAAUCCAUUACACUGGCGUUAAACUACUGGUAUUCUUCUCUUAAUUAUCUAACAAUGCUGUGAUCUCAAAGGGAAUGUUUGUUGACAUGGAUUCAGUUAAAAUUUCACUGAGAUUUGAAGGGGCGUUUCGUUGUUUUAUUUUAAGCUCACCAAAGGGCCCUCGAAAACCCAAAGAAGGAAGUCCACAAACCACUCCAAAGAAGAGGUCUGUCAUAGACACCUUGUUUGGGCGGCGUAAAAAGUCUAAAGGGAGUCCAGAAAGUCCUCCAGCGGCCAGCUCUAGUGGUAAAGAUAAAGAUAAAGAACAUCAAGAGAAGGAAGCUGAAGCUAGUCCGAGUAGUAAAGAUACUAAAAUAAAGGACACACCCGAAACUAAUCCAGCUGCUCCUGACACAAGUGAUGAUACUGGUGUCAAAGAUGCGUCAGAGCCUCUUCAGGACGACGCCAAUGUGCAACCGGAGGUAAAAGGGACCAGUGAUGGUGUUGAGGUAAAGCCAGCAACUGAGGCCGUGGUGAGUGCAGAGGUGGAGGAUAGCAAGGAUGGCCCAGAAACUAAGCAAGAAAGUGAAGGCAAGGAAUCUACUGAGGUAGGAGAUUCCAGUGGAGCUGAUGCCAAGCACGAAACUGAGAGCAAGGCAGCUGCUGGAGAAGAAGAACUAACUGGAAAUGUUGAAGGGAAACCUACUGCUGAAGCCGAAAGUCAAGAAGAUAUCGAAGAAACUUCCCAGGCUGCGACGGAUGCUGCAAAGGAAGUUCCGGUAGAAACACAAGAGGCUAAAGAAGAACCAGUGUCAAUAGAAAGCGCCCCAUUAGAGAAGGGCAAAGAAAAUGUUGAAGGACCAAAGGAGGAAGAGGUGGAGAACAAAGACUCUGAUAAGGAGGCUGUUAAACGUGCUCACACAGAGCCCUCAGAGGAAGAAGCAAACUCUCAGCCGUCACCUAAGAAAAAGAAAACUUCUGGUAUUUUUGGUGGCUUCUUUGCGCGACGAAAGAGCAAGAAAACUAAGGACCUUGGGUCAGCGAGUGCUUCUGCGGAAAAGGCAGAAGGUGACAAAGUCCAAGAACAGCAGGAUGCACCGCCUGCAGUAGAAAGUAACGUAGCAGAUGCUGGUGCUGAGAAAGGGCAGGAAGACGCCACAUCUCCAAAGUUAGAAGUGACUGAGAGUGUGACUAGCCAAGCUGUUGGUCAAACUUUGGAAACUGUUGAAGAAGAAUUAACUGAUAAGGAAAAAGUGUAUGGAAAAGAAGCAGAGACAACAGCAACGGACAAGUUAGAGGAGGGAAUAUCUGAAGAAGCUGAUGCAACUUCAGAGAUAAAAACAACAAAUGUUGAAGACAAACAUAAUGGUGCAGAGGGAGCAGUAACUCAGAUAGAUUCUGUAGGGGAAAAGUAUGCUGAAUCAAAAACUGAAGUCAGUGCCGCGGAAGCUCCAGAAAGUGUGAUAGUUGCUGAGGAUAAAGGAAAAGACACUGAAUCCAAACCAGAAGAUAAGGACAAAGAGAAGGGAGGUAGGUUGGCUUUCCAUUACAAGUACUGCCAAGGUAACGUCAAGUCUGCACUCAAUUUAUAAUGUACAUUUAGCUGUGGCCUUCCCACGCAGACGUUCUAGACGAAGCACGAAGAAAGUCUGCAUGGGAGGCUAAUUUAGCUCCGUUCGUAACUGACCCCAUAGACUUUGUACAGUAAUAGUGUCAAAUUCUACAAUACGCCUGUGUAAUCGUAACAAAUGAUGACGAGUAAAAUUAGGAAAGUCUUUCAAGUAAGAUUUGUCAAAUUUCUAAAGUCUCGGGAUAUAAUUAGAAUUUGGUCAAAGCGCGUGUUAAUACCAUGGGUGCCAAAUUACCCUCGAAGGUUAUCCUUUGUUUGCUGAUUUUAUCGUGAACUCCAUUCACCGAAAAGUUGAAAGCAUACUUUUAAAGUUCCUAAUUUUCUAAAUUUGUCGACAAAAUGUUCGUUAGAAAAUUGUGCGCUUUCCUCUGUUUAGGUUAUUUACAGAGUCUUUUCAAGCCCUGACAUCUUCAUUCGUAGCACUAUAAACCUGGAACGUUGUUAUAGCAAUUUUGUAAUUUCAAAAGUCAAAUUAUAAUUUAACGCUGAAAUUUCGAAAUUUCGUGCCAGAAUUAAGGAGUAGUUUAUCAACAAUGAUAUUAUCUUUGACGUUAAAAGCGAAAGUGAGCUCUGGGUAGUUUAUCAAGGUGUCCAUUAUCAUUUCAGCGGAGAAAGUGUCCUCGCCAGAAUCAGAAGAAGCUAAAGAUGAAAUUUCAAAGCAAUCUGUUGUCUUAAGAAAAGAAGUGAGUGCUUCAUACAGUCCCAAGACACGACGUAUGCAGAUGAGGAUAAGCUAUGCUGAGAAGGAUGGUGAAGGCAAGUAUUUUUGCUGAUUUCAGCAUCAGAUAGUCUUUAAACCCUUGCAAUCUCGGAGACAAUUAUGUAGGCAGCUAUGUAAUACAGUCCGAUGUGUGUAAGGUCCUGCAGAUGCAACCAUUGAAAUUGAACUACUUAAUGAUAUUUUGGUCCCGUUUAUUUUAUUUCAUUUCUCUUCUUUUAAGAAGAGAAUAAUAAUUAAAAUUAUUUAGCAAUAUUUAUCUUCAAAUAUUUGUUUUCCAAGCGUAUACAUUCAAAGUUACAAACCGCAGAGGUGAACUUUGAAAAUCUGACAAGUGAACGUCAGUUUUAAAAAAGUCUGCUAUCCGCUCUAGUCUUCUUCAACGUUGUCCAUCUUGGCCUUCUUUGAUAUUUGCUCAAUUAUUAACAAUAAAAAUUAAUGUAAUGAAGGAUAGUAUUUAUCUUGGUUUGUUAACUAGGGCUCGUUGAUCGUUGAUCUUCGUAGAAAUUCCUUACUGGUGACACGUCACUACCCAGAUCUGGGUAGUGACGCGUCAUCUGUAAGGAAUUUCUACGCUCGUUCCUCAGACGUCAUUUCGUGGGGAGAAACAGGUGGUGUCUUCGCGAAAUGUCGGCUGUCUUCUAAGGCUAUAACCCUCGAAGUAAAAAAAAGCAAACAAGCAAACAAAUGAGCGCUCUCGUUUUUAAAUGUUCCAUCACUGGGCAAAGUAGACUACGAGUAGUCCCCAUUUUUACUCAGAGAUAGUAGAUCGAGCGAAACGCAAGCGCGCGUGAAAAUCAUGUCAUCCCACUCGAGAAAGGCGAGACGCGUUUCGCCUUUCUUGCAUGGGAUGAUUUUCACACGCGCUCGCGUUUCGCUCGCUUUACUAACCCUGAGGAAAAAUGAGGACUACUCGUAGUCUAUGGGCAAAGCGGUUACCCUUGUAUGUCAUUCUAUUUAGUGGCCAUUUUUGUGAUGACUAAAUUUGGCUAAUUUCCGCGACUCGGCUCCUUUAAAGAUUACUGUGUUUUGUUUUGUAGGUGGUAAAGAGGUUGAGGUGAUUGGUACACCUGAACAAGUUUCUGAACCAGCUAGUCCUAAAGGUAAACCUGAUCUUCGAGUAUCCUGCCGAUCUCUGGGUGAGGCUGAUCAUGAGGGAUGGCUCUCUAAGAAAGGUACGAGAACUUGCGGUGGGAAAGUCACCAUGCUGGUUCCUCUAUUUCUUUAAUUAGGGUUACUGCGGUCAUCGAAAAGUCGAGGGAUUGGGAAAAAAAAGACAGGGAAAAUCUCAUUUCUUGCAGUAGUGAGGAGUUUUUUUGUUCAGAGCGCCAACAGAUUUAGUGAAGAUGUUAAAAGCAUACGUUUUGUCUGGAAAGAAAACUCGUUAGGUGAUCGAUUUUGAUGCAUUUGAUCCUGCAAGAAAUCUACAUCUGAAAGUACAUUCUGCAAAAACAACAACGAAACGUCGAAACGUCGAAAAUAAGGGGAAAAUAUUUUAAAGUCUGCAAGAGAAGCGGAAAAAAGUGUAAAAUACAUGAUCAAUGUUGUUUCAAAGGCGGACUCAGGAAACUCAGAAUCUUUUCUUCCUAAUGAGUAGCAACCUCAUCAGUCAUAACACUGUGGUAUGACCGCUCAUGAUUUAGACAAUCUGUACAGUUUUGUCAAUGACGAAGGAAAACGAUCUGCGUUGACCAGCGCAAAGGUCGAUGCAAUAAGCGUACAUUUCAUGACAUAAUUAUGUGAGAGAAUUUGAUAAAAUUAAGGCAUUUUCUCUUUGGUGAUCAUUAUUUUACUUCUCAUGGCCGUUCCUCUUGAUGAUGCAUUAAUGGGGUAUACUUGUUGUCAAAGAGAGAUUCAAAAGCUGAUGUAUCGCCGAGCGCUAACCUUGGCCCCCUCCGUUAAUUUAGAAAAAAGCUUACAACGACAACGGUCGAAGCUCAAAACGCUUUUUUUCCAGCAAAAUUGUUCUGCUUAGGUUUCACGUGAUCGAAUAUCAAACUGUGACAAUGAUCAGAUUACGAGUGAUAGAAGGUCCAAAGGCGUGUAAUCAGAUUGCGUUCAGUGUAUUCCAUGCAUUCUCAGUGGAAGUCCGAACGAACGCCGUGCAACCUGGAGAUUAGGAUUACGGGCUCCUCUUGUCGCCCGCAAAAAGGUGACUAAGGUAUUUAAAAUCUGGAAGACACAGGCGACUCGGAGAAAUACAAUAAAAGAUCGGAGUUCUUCCAAGAGGAUUCGAGCCCAUUUCUGACUUGCGACAUGUUCUGUGAUCCUUUUUACAGGUGGAAUGCUGUUUUUAUCAAGCUGGAAGCGAAAGUGGGUGGUACUGAAGGAUGGCAAGCUUUAUUACUUUAAAACUGCCUUUGACCCUGAGGCCGGUGGGAUUAUUAAGAUGAGGGACGUCACGGUUGCAGAAGCUCCUGAAACCAAAAAGAACUUGUAAGUCCUUACCAAUGAGCGCCAUAUUUAUGGGGCGCGGAGAGGGAGGGAGGGGGGGGGAGGUGGGCGAAAAGCCUUGUUUUUCGUGUAUUCCUGCCUUCCUGCCUUUUUUGUUUCCAAAUCUAUAGCCAGUAUUUCAUUCAGUCAAAAAUGGCUCAAUAAGGUCGUAGAGGUGGGGUCAAUGAACAUGCGGGAAUUUUUCGUUGAUUUUUCGGAUGUGUUUCAUGAACGAAAAUUGGUGAGGGGUUAAAAUUAUGGGACCAGAAAUGCCCCCUUAAAACAUCAAGAAUACUACAGGGCAGCAAAUAAUAAUGUCUUUGCAAAGGACCCGGUAACCAGUUUAGUCGGACAAACUAGAAAGUUGUAGGACCGACGUACAUUAUUUUCUCUCUUAAUAUCUUCAAAUACUACACAGAUCGCCAGCUUCAAAAUGAUAGUCUUUGGGUUUUUAUCCCUGCGCUUGUCAUAUCCUACCGCUGGUUAAGAGUUCGGUCCAACAUGGGGCAAAUUUGGUCGGAAAUUACGGUCUGAUUACCGACUGUUACUAUUCGUAGUUUCGGUGGUUAUGUCCUGUUAUUAGCGAUCUUCAUUUUAGUAAUAGUUACUGAAGGGGAAACAAAUCUGUACACUGAAAUUAAACAGUUUUUCUUGUCGCUUCAGUUCGCGCCAUCAAGCUAUGCAACAUAGACAUGCUUCAGUAAGAGAGUAGGUGAUACAGUCAGCGACAUAACUACAAUCAGAAAAUUGUUACGCUAGAUGUAGUAUAUAAAUUAUCCCUAUCCCCGACUUAAGUUGGCUUUUCUGGGUGUUUCCUUCGAAUACCUUCUCCUUCUCGGCAGUGCGCACUGCUGAGAGAGGGAAAGAACAAAUAAAAGCAUACUCUUGCCUUUUUCUAGCACAGCGUUCUAGAGUGACGUCAUGUAAGUGUGCAAAGAAAGUCGUGUCCAAUAGUCCGGGGCUCAGAAAAGAUUUUGCGAUCGGGCUAGUGAAUUCCGUUCUCUCUUGCCCCGAUAGCCAAGCAAAGUUUUUUGGGGGGAAUUCAAAUUACAGAAGUUUGUAUGGUCGAUAAGAGUACAGACCAUAGAAAAUUGUCGCUGUUGCUGAACUAAAUGAUCACCUAAUUUUGAAACCGAUUCACUUCCUUAAAUUAAAGGUGUGUUUUCUUUCUUUACCAGCUGUUUUAAGUGUGAACAGCCGGGAACUAAACCUCAGAUCUACUUGUUUAUGGCGGACAGUAAGGAGGAGAUGGACAAUUGGCUAAGAGUGUUAGCAGCCGCGUCCAAAGGUGAAAUCAUUCAGAAGAUGUCCAAACAGAACCAGCUGUCAGUCAAGGAUGAAGUAGUCAUGCGAAGGAAAUCAGGAAGUAAUUCAGCUCAGCGCCACAGUUCUGUUCUUGGUUAGUGUUCGCGGUUUUCCUUUGUUCCUGUUUAAUAGAGAGCUUUAGCAACGAGGACGGCGACGGCAGCCACAACGUUACUUUCAAAAUAAAUCUACGUUUUUUUUUUUCAAUUUUUGUUGCUUUAAAUGUCAACGGUACGUGAAUUUUCCUUGGAGUUGAAUUCUUGGGAACCGCACGAAAGUUCAGAAAGUGGCAGAAAAAUUCGACGUAGUGUUUACGUGCUCCAAAGAACGUCGCGUAAGGAAAUUUCACGUGGUGGUCGAGCGGGGACGGCAAAGAAAUGUACCAAAAGGUGUGCUGCACGUGCAAGUGUUUGUUUUGCUUUUUUGACGUUCUUCUCCUAUUUUCCGUCUUCGUUGCUAAAGUUACCGAGUUGCACUGUCCUUACCGAAGAGAUUCUCAUAAGUUAGAAGGAGUGGCUCAUUUUUAUACCGUAGGUUAUUGAAUAUGUGAAUUUUUCGACCCUUUUUCUCUCUUUUUUCGAACCACCGUAGAAAUCAUAUAGACGUAAGCCCCCAUCUGCCCCGCCCCCCAUGUAGCCCGAAACCCCUGCUCUGAACAGAUUAGAAUUUCCACCUUCUUCAUGAUUCUUCCGAGACUGGAAAGAGGAUCUGAACCACAACUCACUACUUCAACUUUACGUGAAUAUGCGUGCGUGUUAUUUUAUUCUGUUAGCUGUUGGAGGACGUCACGACUUUUUGGAAGACGUAGAAGAUUUCAAGACCACCCGUCGGAGGUCCAUGCCUGGUUCCUUCAGCAAGGAGAUACUCAAGGAAACAGAGGAGAAAGGUAAAGAAACUGUUGUCCCUAAUGUCACAGUCCCAGAAUCUUUCGAAGAACAACCUAAGGAUGAACCUAGCGGUGCUAUCACAACCCUUAGUGCCGACAAACCAUCGACACCUAGUGAGGCACCUAGCGAUGCACUCACAGCACCUUCUGAUGCACCCGUUUCUCCUAAUAUCGAUGCACCCACAGCACCCAGCGACGAACCCCUGGCACCUAGUGACGCACCUCCGAAAACCAAUGAUACAACCUUGGCACCUAAUAGCGAUUCACCCACAGCACCUGGUAAUACACCCUUGGCACCUGAUAGCGAUGCAUCCACAGCACCUAGCGAUGAACCCCUGGCACCUAGCGACACAGCUCCAACACCCAGUGACGCACCCUUGGCACCUAGUGACACAGAUUUAACACUUAGUGACGCUCCAGACACAACCCCGACAUCCAUUGACGACCAAGAAACACAAUCUAGUGAUGCACCACCUGCACCUGGAGAAUCGACCCAAGUGCCAAUCAAAGAGCAAACAGUACUAGUCGUCGCCCCUUCUCUCUCAGAAUCCACAGAGGACAGUCAAGAAGAGAAACCUGCAAGCGAAGAGUUUAAAACCACUAAACACACAGUCUCCGUGAUGGUAGAUAAGGUGUUUGUGGGAAGCGAAAGGGUGAUUGUUGAGACAACAUCUUCUGUUGAGGCAUCCUCAUGUGACGUGGAAACGCCAAUGUUACCAAGCUCUGGUGAUGCAGUCCCAGAAAAAGACAGAGGAACUGAAGAAAGCUCCAAGAUCUCUGCAGAAGUGGCAGAAAAGACAGAAAAGCAGGAAUUGUCGACAGAGGCCGAAUCUGCUGUGGAUAGAGCGGAUGGAGCUGUGAGCGUCACAACGACGAAAAGCACAGUUACGGUUGUAGAAACUGUUAAAUCCUCCAUUAAAAUCUCCGAAACAGUCAAGACCUCGACCGCAGUGUCUACAUCUGAGAAAGUAGAGCAGUCUUCCCAGCAGACCUCAGAACCAGAAAUCAUGGAGGAGGUAACGCCAUCAGAAGCUAGUUCUGCCGAACAGUUGGAGAGCGAGCCAUCGGUAACCCCACCACUGUCCCCAUCUAAAACUAAAUGGUACUUCUCUUUAGACAGAAAGCAGGCUUGGUCAGUGGCACCUGAGACCGACGAAGAAAAGUCUCCCAAGCGCCGAAAGUCCUCUGACAGAAGCUCAAUUAAGUCGACUAACAGCGGCCGGGAAUCGAUUUCGUCGUUGCCCGAAGAGGAUCAGUUUAUGGUGAUGUGCCGAAAUAUUAGGAAAGCGCGCCUGUCCAUAUAUGGUGAGCCAGUGGUGGAUGGUGCAGAAAGACUGCGGGCGUUUUCCAAUGCAAAAGAGGAUGAUAAGACACUCCUUCGACUUAGAACAUUGGAAAGAACUCUGAAGGUGAGUUUUACGAAAAGGAUCUUCAUGGAAACAGAUCGUUUCGAUACAAGUUGUUUCGACACAAGUCUCUUCGAUACGAACUCAGGCAGUGAGACUGCACAACAAUUUCGAUCACUCCAAGUAUUGUUUACGCGUGAAAAAGAAAAACACUCGGGGUGA